AACUGGAGCCAUUUGCAAACUUAACUGGAGAUGAGAGCUAUCAAAAUCGUGACCUUGAAAAGGCUGCACAACAAGUAUCCAAACACUUCUAUGAUGAAAAAGUUCAGCCAUCUACCUUAAUGCCAAAACAAGUUGGAAAUAUGUACACAGCAUCCCUAUAUGCAGCACUUGCAUCAGUCAUUCAUAACAAAUAUGACACCCUGGGUGGUCAGCGAAUAGUUAUGUUCUCAUAUGGCAGUGGCCUUGCUUCUAGUAUGUUCUCAUUCAAACUUAAUGAUGGCCAACAUCCAUUCAGCCUAUCAAACAUAGCCUCAGUGCUAAAUGUUGCAGAAAAGCUGGAGGCAAGACAUGAGUUUCCGCCGGAAAAAUUCAUCGAGACAAUGAAGCUGAUGGAGCAUCGCUAUGGAGCGAAGGAUUUUGUGACGACGAAAGACACCAGCUUGCUCUCUCCUGGUACGUUCUACCUCACGCAUGUCGAUGCCAUGUACCGAAGAUUUUAUGCCAAGAAGGGUGCUGCUGUGACCAGUGCGGCUGGAAAAGUUGCUGGCCUGAAUGCCAGUUUCCUUGCCAAUGGCCACUAGAAUAGGCGCCAAUGGUGAUAUGCUUAGAUCCCCUUCUAUUUAUCUGUAGUGUGUU